UGGCGGGAAAGAUUCCAGACAGUUAUAGCAGUUAUUCAUCCAAACAAAUUUUCCACGUGUCUCGCUAUCUUCGCCUCUUAUUCCUAAAAAAAAGAAAAAAAAACAAUCUUGUUUUUUCUUCUUCCUCCAUCCUGAAUAGUUUUUUCUAAGCUUUUCAAUGGCUUCUCAGAACCCUAAUCUCAAAAAAGCCCCAUUGUACCCACGUGUCAUUCACAAUGAUCCAGAUCUCCAAACAAGCUCUUCUUCUCGUCCCAAUUUGUAUCCAACCCUAAACGAAACUGACCUCGCCGAGAAUCUCUUCCCUGAAAAUUACCAUAUUAUCCCUUCUGCUCCAUCUCCCCCUCCUGAGUCCCAUGAGGAAACCCUUCUCGUUAUCCCCGGUGUACUCAUCCAUUUGAUCGAUAAAAAUUAUUCUGUUGAGCUAGCUGAGGGGGAUUUGUCUCUGUAUCGUCUCCUGCAAGAUAAGAAUACGGUUGCUAUCCUUGCUAAUGUGGGAGAUGAUAUUCAAUGGCCGAUAACUAAGGACCUGACUGCGGUGAAAUUGGAUGAUUCACAUUAUUUCUUCUCAUUUCAAGCUCUGAAAGAGGAUGAAUCGGAUUGCACUACUGAUGACGACAAAGAAAAGGGUAAAAAAAAGAAAAAGAAAAAGAAAGAUAAGGGACCGACGGAUGAUUCGUUGAAUUAUGGUUUGACGAUUGCUUCAAAGGGUCAGGAGGCAUUGUUGAAGGAGCUGGAUGAUAUUUUGAAAAGUUACAGCACCUUUUCUGUUCAGAAAGUGGACGAAAAUGCCGCAUUGGCAAUGGGAGGAACUGUGGCAAGGGAAUUGUCUCCAGAUGACUUGAAAUCGGAGAAGAAGAAGGAGGUGUUAGAAGAACGAUGUGCUCAAUAUUGGACCACGUUAGCACCCAAUGUGGAGGAGUAUAGUGGAGCAGCUGCAAAAUUAGUUGCUCAAGGAUCAGGGCAGCUGAUUAAGGGGAUUUUGUGGUGUGGAGAUGUGUCAGCAGAACGAUUGAUGCGCGGAAAUGAGGUUUUAAAGCAAAGGAUGGCUACAGGGACGAAGGCCGAGAUUAGUCCUGAGACAUUGAAGAGGAUCCAAAGGGUUAAAACAGUAACAAAGAUGACUGAGAAAGUAGCUUUAGGAGUCCUUUCGGGAGUUCUCUCGGUUUCAGGAUUCUUCACUAGUUCAGUAGUAAAUUCCGUAGCAGGAAAAAGGUUCUUCAAGAUGCUGCCAGGAGAGAUGGUCCUUGCUACUCUGGAUGGAUUUUGCAAAAUAUGUGAUGCUGUUGAAGUUGCUGGAAAGAAUGUUAUGUCAACAUCAUCCACCGUGACAACUGAACUUGUUUCACAGAAGUAUGGAGAAGAGGCAGCAAAAGUGGCAAGCGAAGGGCUUGAUGCAGCAGGGCAUGCUGUUGGGACUGCCUGGACUGUGUUUAAGAUCAGAAAGGCUCUUAACCCCAAAAGUUCCUUUAAUCGCGCCACCCAACUUAAGUCUAGUGCUAAAGCUGCUACUAUGAAGAAGGCCAAGAGCACAAAGUACUGACCUUUCUUGUGUUUUCACUGGUGGAGCUUUUAAUUGAAGCCCUCUUUUAGAUAUUUUCAAUAUUUUUGUACAUGUUAUAAUAAUACAUAGAGGAUAAGGAUUUUAGUCUUUGCAGUAAAUUAAAUUUCCCACAUCAGCCCCACCUCAUGAAUUUCUACUUUUUCACCCUCUUAGCAAUCUGUGUUAUCUUUAAAAAAGAAUAGACACCAGGAAAACAAUUCUUGCUUAGAUAUAGUUGAUCAUUGACAAGACACAUGUUAUCCAUAAUUGAAUGUAUAUUUAGUUGUAAUCAUGGAUAUAAUGAUAGAGAUUCUCUCUGUUUUUAUUCCUUC